GCGUGCCGCAGCCGCCUUCUUGCUGUUGGACGAGGAAACAGAUACUUCAGAGGCCUCAGACCUUGUGUUUCCUGCGCAGAGUGCAGGGGAAAAUCUGGAGCUGGGGUCGCGAGCAAAGCACUUGGCGACCUCAUUCAGUGGCCUGUUGAGCUGCCAAGGUCAUGGAGGGGACCACAAUGCCAUCGUUGGGGAUCUGCGACUCUUGCUCUCAGACCCCGGAAAGAUCACAGAAGCCUCAGUCUGGGCUAA